AUGGCCCGCGAAGGAACCCGCUCCCAGACCGGCAACUCCAAGCCGCGUCUCUUCCCCGUCGUCGACACCGCUCCCGUUCGCAAGCAGAACGCCGCGACAACCACGACCGCGAAGAAGCCCAAGACCACUUCCACCGCUGCCAAGGCUGCGAAGCCCGUCGGCGUCACCAAGAAGAAGGCUACCACCACCAAGAAGGGCCCUUCCGUCGCCACCAAGGCCAAGUCAGUAGCCAAAAAGGCAGAGACCAAGGUCGCUGCUGCCACCAAAGCAGGCAAGAAGGAGACCAAGCCCAAGACCACCAAGGCCAAGGCGGCACCCGCCGCCGCCUAA